GGCGAGCCCUCACGACAUCAUUUCCCCACCUCUCUCUCUCUCUCUCUCUCUCAUAUAUAUAUAUAUAUAAUCUCUUUCUCUCUCUACAUCUCUCUUUUUCGAUAUCAUUUUCUUUUUUUCUAUUUUUGCAGUUUUUCUUUCUGUAUUGUCGAAUUUCCUAUCCUUCGAAAGGCGGCUCUAUCUCCUCUCAUCUCUGUCGUUCUUUCUUCGAUCUGGAAUUUCGGGGUUUUGAGCUUCAACGAUAUUGAUACAGAUCGUUCAAUCGAUUGACGAAUUGAAGCCUUAGUGUACAAAUUCAAUUGCUUUGCAUCUUGGCGUAUUGACGAAUUAGGGUUCCUGUGCUUUUUGGUGAUUCUGGGAUGGUGGAAGAAGGGCGUGAAGGUGAUCUAGGGCUUCGUGCGGAGCGAAUUGAAGAGUUCUAGGGUUUUCUUGUUGAAUUAGGUUGUAAUUGAUGGUUCUCGUUGGGGACGAAGUUGAAACUGGGGAAGAUGCAAGGCUAUUAUGCAUGGGCGGGAAGGUGAAAAUUGGAAACGAGGUCGGCACAUGUGGUCGGUCCCCACGCGUGGCACAGGGACAACGAGGACUGUAGCGGGCGAUUCUACAACAUCGACAGCGGAUUCCUUCUGCAAGGCUGGGCGCAAGAUUAGCAUUGGUGAUUGUGCUCUUUUUAAACCGCCCCAGGAUUCUCCGCCUUUCAUUGGAAUAAUUCGUUGGUUAACUUUGAAUAAAGAAAACAAGAUACAGUUGGGUGUGAAUUGGCUUUAUCGACCGGCUGAAGUGAAGCUUGGCAAAGGCAUCCUUCUGGACGCCGCGCCAAACGAAGUCUUCUAUUCCUUUCAUAAGGAUGAGAUACCUGCUGCAUCGUUACUCCAUCCAUGUAAAGUUGCAUUCCUUCCUAAAGGUGCUGAACUUCCUCCAGGGAUAUCCUCAUUUGUGUGUCGGCGAGUUUAUGACAUUGCAAACAAGUGUUUAUGGUGGCUAACUGAUCAAGAUUAUAUUAAUGAGCGACAAGAAGAAGUAGAUCAGUUGUUAUAUAAAACACAAACAGAAAUGCAUGCAACAGUGCAGCCUGGUGGUCGUUCUCCAAAAGCAAUAAAUGGUUCAACAUCAACAUCACAAUUGAAACCUGGUUCAGAUAAUGUACAGAGUGCCACUUCUUUUGCUUCUCAAGUCAGGGGGAAGAAAAGGGACCGGGCAGAGCAGAACACUGAGCCUGUCAAACGGGAGCGCUCUUCAAAAGAUGAUGGUGAUUCUGGUCUGUGUAAACCAGAAAGCAUUUUGAAAUCCGAGAUUGCUAAAAUAACAGAAAAAGGAGGGCUUGUAGAUUCCAGAGGGGUGGAGAAACUGGUUCAACUCAUGCAGCCGGAUAGGGCUGAGAGAAAAAUGGAAUUGAUUAGUAGAUCAAUGCUUGCAGGUGUGAUAGCAGCAACAGAUAAGUUUGAUUGCCUUAGUCGGUUUGUGCAGCUCAGGGGAUUGCCUGUAUUGGAUGAAUGGCUCCAAGACGUCGACAAAGGGAGGAUUGGUGAUGGUAGUAGCCCUAGGGAUGGUGAUAAAUCAGUAGAAGAAUUUCUUUUGGUUUUACUUCGUGCUCUGGAUAAGCUGCCUGUGAAUAUUCAUGCUUUACAAAUGUGUAACAUUGGCAAAUCUGUUAAUCAUUUACGUACACAUAAAAAUUCGGAAAUUCAGAAAAAGGCAAGGACUUUAGUUGACACAUGGAAGAAGCGUGUUGAGGUUGAAAUGAAUACUAUUGAUGCAAAGUCUGGUUCAAAUCAGACUGUUUCAUGGGCUUCCAGGUCACGUCUUCCAGAAGCUUCCCAUGGUGGAAACAGACAUCCUGGUGGGUCCUCCGAGGUGGCAAUAAAGAGCUCAGUUACGCAGCCAUCUAAAACUACUUCAGUUAAGGCUGUCCAGGGUGAAACCACUGCCAAGUCUGGAUCGUCAUCUCCGGGGCCGAUGAAAUCAGCACUAUCACCUGCUUCAGGUAAGGAUGGUCUACCCAGGUAUGCAGCUAGCAGCACCUUUGAUAUUCCUUCAACAACAGCAAGGGAUGAGAAGAGCAGCAGUUCUAGUCAGUCUCACAACAACAGUCAAUCUUAUUCAAGUGACCACGCCAAAACUAAAGUUUUCUCAGGGAAGGAGGAUGCAAGGAGCUCGACAGCAGGGUCAAUGAGUGUGAAUAAGUUCUCGGGUGGUGGCUCUCGACAUCGGAAAUCAAAUAAUGGCCCUGGGUCUGGAGUUCAGAGGGAAACUGGAUUAAUCAGAAGUUCAUUGCAUAGAAAUCCAGCUUCGGAAAAAAUGUCACAUUCUGGAACUUGCGAAAAGGCAGAUGUGCCCGUUAUGGAGGGUAAUAAUCAAAAGCUGAUAGUUAAGAUACGAAACAGAAGUCGCAGUCCUGCGCAAAGUGCCAGUGGAGGAUCCUUUGAUGAUACAUCCAUUAUGAACAGUAGAGCUUCUUCUCCUGUUCUUUCAGAGAAGCAUGAUCAAUCUGAUCGCAAUUCAAAGGAAAAAAGUGAUGCUUGUCGAGCUAAUAUUACUUCUGACGUGAAUACUGAGUCAUGGCAAAUCAAUGAUUUCAAAGAUGUGCAGACUGGUUCAGAUGAAGGUGAUGGGUUGCCUGCUGCUAUUCCUGAUGAUGAUCGGUGUGGGAUGGGUGAUGACACUAGGAAAUUAGAAGUCUCAAAAGCUGCUUCCUCGUCAACGGGAAAUGAACUGAAGUCGGGGAAAAAGCAUGAGGCUUCUUUCAGCUCAAUAAAUGCUUUAAUUGAAAGCUUUGUCAAAUACUCUGGAUCAAAUGCACCCAUGUCAACUGGGGAUGAUAUUGGAAUGAACCUGCUUGCUAGCGUGGCUGCUGGUGAAAUGUCCAGGUCUGAUUUGAUUUCACCAACUAACUCUCCGCAGCGAAUUACCCCUAUAGCUGAGGGCUCAUCCAUUGGUAAUGGGGUCAAGACAAAGUCAGCACGUGUAGAUAACCUCUCUCAAGAUCAAAGCCAAUUUAUUGACGGUGUUGUUGAGAAACAGGGUGUUAUUGUUGAUAUUCCGUGCUCUAAAGAUGGAAUACAUCAUGAAUCUAAACACGCAUUAACAGACUGCUCUGGAGACCGAAAAACCACUUCUUCCUUGUUGGAAGAGAAGGCAGGAGGAGAGUCUAACGAGCAUUCUAGUUUAUCAAAAAUGGAUUUGCAACCAACUUCCUACUCAUGUUUAGAGACUAAUGAAAUAUCAGAUGAAAUGAAAGGUGUUACUUCUGUUACUGCAUCCCCUGCCUGCACAACCGAGAAGCUAACUGAUGGUGAAGGAAACAAACUACUUCAUGAGAAAAAGGCAUUUGCAACUGGUGUGAGUGUUGAUGGCUCUCUAGAUACUAAACCGAAAGGAAGCAUUUCUUUGUUAACUGGUGAUAAGGUCAAUGAAGUUCUUUCAUGUGUAGAAGAUGGAUCACGAGCUGUUGAAGGUUCAUCAUCAUUCCCAAAGUUAGAUAUUGAUGGUGAGGACAAAAGUAAUGUGAAUGAAGGGUUAAUCAGUGGUGUUCAUACAGAGCAGAAGCCACCUUUGGUGAUGAUGCGUUCUGAGCAUGCAGCUGAUCAGAAAGUGUUGCAACCUUCUGCUUCUCAUAAAGAUCCAGCUUCAGAAAGUCUGGAUGAAUUCAAGGUCAGAAAAGCUAAUGAGAUGAUCACCACAAGUCAUGUUAAUCAGACUGAAGAAGAAGAAAAUGAUCGUAAAACCAACAGUGCUCCAACUAUUGAGAAUCAAGUUGUAGCUGGGUUGGGUUCAGCUGCUACAGAUCCGAAGGAGUGCAUGGAGUCAAAUAUGGAAAGUAAAGAGGUUCUUGAGCAUGUUGGUGGAGCUGUUAAUCACAAGGAUUCAUCUGUAUUUUCUAACCAAGAAACGGAGCGGCCUGUGAUGUCUGGAGGAUCUAAGUUGACUGGUGCUGAUGCAGAUGAAACAGAGGAAUGUGCAUCCACCACAGCAGAUACUUCUACUGGGGUAUCAGAUAUGGUUGCAAAGCCAAAAUUUGAUUUAAAUGAAGGCUUCAAUGCAGAUGAUGGAAAAUAUGGGGAGCCAGUCAACUUGGCUGUCCCUGAAUGUUCAGCUCGUGUUCAAUUAGCUAAUUCGUUACCUUUUUCUGUUUCUUCAGUGUCCAGUGUGCUUCCUGCUUCCAUUACAGUGGCUGCUGCUGCAAAAGGUCCUUUUAUGCCUCCAGAAGAUCUCUUGAGAAGUAAAGGGGAACUUGGAUGGAAGGGAUCUGCUGCAACAAGUGCUUUUCGCCCAGCUGAGCCGAGGAAGGUUCUGGAGAUGCCACUGGGUACACCAAACAUCCCUCCUCCUGAUGAUGCUACAACCACCAAACAUGGUCGUCCUUUAUUGGAUAUUGAUCUGAAUGUGCCAGAUGAAAGAGUGCUUGAGGACAUGGCAUGUCGAAACUCAGCUCAGGAGACAGUUUCUACAUCUGACCGUAUAUAUAAUCAUGAUUUGGCACGAACUGAUCUAGUUGGUUCUGCACCUAUUCGUGGCUCUGGAGGACUUGAUCUUGAUUUGAACCAAAUUGAUGAAACUAGUGAUAUGGGUCUGUAUUCCAGCAUAAGUAAUCAUAGACUGGAGGCGCUGCAUCUUCCUGUUAAGUCACCAUCAUCAGGUGGAUUUUCUAGUUGUGAGGUCAGGAGGGACUUUGAUCUAAACAAUGGGCCUAUGCUUGAUGAAGGAAGUACUGAAUUAUCGUCACUUAACCACCAAGCUCGGAGCAGUGUGCAAUUGCAGCAACCUUUUGCUGGUCUUCGAGUGAACAAUGCAGAUAUUGGUAACUUCUCAUCAUGGUAUUCAUCUGGGAACACCUAUCCAGCUGUCACAUUUCAGUCAAUCUUGCCUGAUAGAGGGGAUCAGCCCUUUCCGAUUGUUGCAGCUGGUGGGCCACAAAGAAUAUUGGGUCCCCCUACUGGUGGGACUCCAUUUAUUCCUGAUAUUUACCGCGGUUCUGUAUUGUCUUCUACUCCUGCUGUGCCUUUUCAGUCUUCUCCCUUGCAGUAUCCUGUCUUCCCUUUUGGAACCAGUUUUCCUCUGCCUGCAGCCACUUUCUCAGGUGGAUCAACCACAUAUAUGGAUUCCUCACCUGGUGGGCGCCUUUGUUUACCUGCCACAAAUUCACAGUUACUUGGACCUGCUGGUGCAGUCUCCACCCAGUACCUAAGACCUUAUGGUGUCAGCCUUCCAGAUGGUAGCAGUAAUGUUGGUGGUGAGAACAGCAGAAAAUGGGGUAGGCAAGGUCUGGACCUCAAUGCAGGCCCUGGAGUUCCGGACAUAGAAGGGAGAGAUGAGACAAUGCCUCUAAUGUCAGGGCAACUUGCUGUUGCCAGUUCACAGGCACUAGCAGAGGAGCAAGCAAGGAUUUAUCAGAUGGCGGGUGGUGGUGCUUUGAAGAGGAAAGAGCCCGAGGGAGGGUGGAAUAACGACAGCUUUAGGCACAAGCAAACCUCAUGGCAGUAGAAAUGUGUUGCACCACAAUCUGGCAACCGUUAAAGCUUGUUCUUUGAGGAUGGGCAAUGGCGAACUCCUGGAAAUUGUCAUCCAACUGAUGUGCUCUUAGAGGAUGGGUGGUAAGUGAGUAGAUGUGUUCAUAGUCUCCGACCCCCAUAUCCACUGUAUCAUUUGUAUUGCAAAGAAUUCUAUAUAUGGGAUCUGGGAGCACUGUAAUCCUUGGACUGCUUUCUGGGUGGCUGCAGAUCAGUUUCUUCUUUGUAGAUCUUUAACCGUUGGAAGUGUGCAGUCUGCGUCAUUGUCAGAAUUGGCAUUCAAUUUUAGUGCAUCAAUUUAUAUAUUAAACACCAUCCCUAAUCCAAUCCUUCCGGCCCUGGAGGUUGGAUUUCCGAACUGCUUGAAGCGGAGGCCCUUUUUUAUAUGCUUUGCUGUUAAUUUCUCUCUCUUUUUUCUUUCUUUUUCUUUUUACAUUGUUUCAUUUUUCCAAAUCUAUAUACAAAAAUGAGCAGGGAGGCCAUCGAAUUUUGGUACUUGAGCUUUUCUUGAUAUGGCAUAUUUAGUAGGUAUGGUUGCUGUGCUUUA